CUCUUUUCUUUCUUUUCAUUUCUUUUCUUUUCUUUGCGUUUGUCUGAAACAUUCGAGCGAAGGCAGCCCGGCUCGGCAGCCCUCGUUGCGCUUGUUGAGCUCCGCGGUUCGCUUCGGUUUGGUUCGGCGAGAUGUCAGGCGCCCGCUGAGUGUCACAGACGGAAUGUGUGCGUGAUUGAAUUGUUUCCUGUCUUUUCGGUUGACUUUUGAAACAUUUUUUUUUUUUUUAGUACCUCCGCGAUGUGUUUUAACACCAUCCCGCAGUUGCUCCCUCGUUCCAAGUAACCCUCCCGACACACCGAGCGAUGGCCAAGAGCCAGUCCGAGGCGGCGAGCGACGACCUGGGCCAGCUGACCGACGACGAGCUCCUCCGCGGCGGCAAGGAGGAGCUCGUCCGCCUGCUGCGCCGCGUCGACGGCGAGAAGAUGAACCUGAUGAUCGAGCACGGCAACCUGAUGAAGGACAUCAACCGGCGGCUCCAGGUGCACCUCCACGAGAUCCGCACCCUGAAGGAGGUCAACCAGAAGCUCCAGGACGACAACCAGGAGCUCCGCGAGCUCUGCUGCUUCCUGGACGACGACCGGCAGAAGGGCAAGAAGCUGUCCCGGGAGUGGCAGCGCUUCGGCCGCUACACGGCCGGCGCCAUGUGGAAGGAGGUGGGCGCCUACAUGCUCAAGCUCAAGGAGCUGGAGGCCAACCAGGAGACGGUUCUGCGGGAGAACGGCGAGCUCAAGGAGAUCAUCCUCAUGCUGGACGAGGAGAGGAACGGGGCGGGCUCCAGGAGCUCCAUAGACAGCCAGUCCAGCCUCAGCAACCUCAACGGGGGCACCGGGACCGUCCGGGACGUCGGGGACGGGAGCAGCACCUCCAGCGCGGGAAGCGCCGGGAGUCCCGACCACCACCACCACCACCACAACCACGUCAACAAGCCCGCCCCGGAGGCCCCCAAGUUGGGCCGAACCACGCGGAGGUCCAUGGACGACCUGUCGGUGCCGCACCAUCACAGGAGCAUCCCCAAUGGACUCAAUGAUUCCUCCUCCAACUACAUCCGGCAACUGGAGACCAAAGUGCGAAUCCUGGAGGACGACAACAACAAGCUCCUGUCGCAGGCUCAUAGCCGUUAUAGUUUAUCCCAGAUACACACGAAGAAGUGUAAUCCAGGUGACUUGCGAGCCCUGCGGAAAGGGAUGACCCUCUACCACUCCGAGUCGCAGCUGUCCUCGCUGCCCCAACGCCAGGACGCCACGCACAACACGGGUUCGGGCCGCCUCCCCAACAGCGAAUCGUCUCCGGCCACGGGAUAUUUGUCGUGCGUGCAGAAGCCCGAGGCCGUGGUGCACGCCAUGAAGGUGCUGGAGGUCCACGAGAACCUGGACAAGCAACUUCCCGAAGACUACGAGGAUGACCUCAGCGAGAAAGAGAAGGCCAUCGUCAGGGAGAUGUGCAACGUGGUGUGGCGGAAGCUGGGCGACGCGGCCGGCUCCAAGCUGUCCAUCCGCCAGCACCUGUCGGGCAACCAGUUCAAAGGGCCGCUGUAGCGCCACCCGCCGCCAGGGGCGGGCGGCAGCGCACGAAACCGCCGGGACACCCAUCGCGCCAACGUUGCGGACGCUUGACUUUUUGGCCGUCGUCACGGAGACGGAAGACGCCAACGCGACACGGUUCCGAGCACACUUUCAUCGGAAAUCUGCCCAGUACUUUUUUUUUUUGGUAUGAACUUCUGUUGCGCCCCCUAGCUUCUGUGACGGGUACCGCUUUCCAGUCUCUCCGUUUAUUGUGGGCUUCACUGUAUAGGGUUUUUCAUUAGCAUUAGUUAAUGCAUUAUAAAGAGCUAAUGCAUUACCACAAGCCGUACGAUAAGAUUUGAGUGUAGCCUAAUGUCGAAAAUUUACUUUCUUAUCAUUUAUUCAUGAGUUACAUAGCGAUACCCUGCCACGUUUAUUGCUAGCGAAUAUAAUAAGUAUAAAUUGUAGUCGUGUUAGGUCGUGUUGACCCACUUUGACUUGGCACCUUUUGGGCUCGUUAACGUCGCCAGAUCACCAUCAGCUUUAUGUAUAUUCUGUAAAAAAAAAAACAACAACAAUAGGAUAAACUUCAUUGUUACUAUUUUACUUUCUGUGUGUGUGUUUUGUAACCGACGAGGAUUAGGGCCAUGCUCAAAUGAAAAAAAAAAAAUUCGAUGACAAUUUGGAUUUUUUUUAAUUCAAGAAAAUAAGUAGUAUUACAAUAUUGUAUGUUUUUGGAAAAAAGUAGUACAAUUAUAAGAACAAAGUUGGAAAUUUACAAGGAAGAAAUUAAGCAUAGCAUUCCAGUUUUCAUUCCUGUUUUUGUUAUCUUACAACUUUUUUAUAUAACUUUUUUCUUAUAUUAUGACUUUUUAUCUUAAAAUAAAAGCACUACAUAAUAAAAAUGAUUACUUCCUUCUCCGCCCCAAAAAACAAACAAAACAAGAAACAAUGCAUCAAUGUUCUUGUUUUUUUCCCAGAUAAGAACAAGACUUUUUCCUUAUAUUAUUAUAUUAUAUUCCUCAUAUUACUUUAUUAUCUUGGAAAAAAAUAGUAUUCAAAAAAAGUACCCCCUUCCCCCCAGGUUAUUUUUCUCUUACUAUUACUUACUUCGUAUAGGUAAUAUUAAAAUUAAAAUAAAAAGUGAAAAGUUAAGAUUUUGAAACAUGUAAAAAUAAAAGAAAAAAAUAAAUACAAUUUUAACUAGGUAAAAAUAAGCUAUUAUUACUUAUUUAAUUCAUAUUUUAUCUUGGGAAAAAAACGUUUUUAUCCCAAUUCUCUUUUCAACCAUUACAUGUUUUCCCCCUUAUAACAUUUGGAAAGAUACUGUUUCUAAAAAGAAAAACAAAUGUGACUUUAUUCUGUUGGCUUCGAUGUUUUUCUUUUGAGCGUGGUGCUACUAGUCGUCGUCGGUGGAAUUCUAGCGUGGCCACGUGAUCAACCGUUUAGACCGCAAACGACACGUUUGCUUUUGUUGUGAAUAAUAUUUGUUAUUCUGUGGCUACUAGUCCUUCUCUCAUGGGGAAUAUCAAUGUGAUUGUUUUUUUGUUUUUUUUCUUCAACUUUUUCUAACAAUGUUUUGAACACGUUUGGAUGCCAUGUGCAUGCUCGACAAUCACGUUCUCAGGUUGGCUUCUCGUGGACGCGACCCCGAUGGACUUAGCUAUUUGAGUGACCAGGUGGAGCCUGUUGACGCUGUGCAUGUUCUUCCUAACUUUUUAUGGUUGUGACAACAUGCGUCUUGACCCGUUAGCUGUACCCCCGAAACCUUAACCGAAAGAAAAUAAUAAUAAUAAUAAUUCUGAUGUCAGAAGCAAGACAGUAUGCACUGAUCGAGAUGGAAGUGGUACUCCUGUCUUUACAUUUUCACUUCCAAAAUAGAACAUGUCCACUGUGCACCGCAUUCACUAGCAAGACGUAUUUGGGCCACACUCAAAAACAAAACCCUAACAAACAGACAUGGUGAAGUAAAAAAAAAGUUGUUUUUAAUAUUUUUCUUUUACCAAAGUCGUGUUUUUUUUAAAUGAAAAAAAAAAAGCACGGGGGCAGGAAUUAUCAUUCUAAUUUUUAAGAAAAAAAAAAUCUCGACUGAUUGGCUAGCGACCAGAUUUCUGUAUUAGUCUUGGUAAGCUUUUUUUAUGAUUAUUUUUCAGAGACGCCUUUUUUUAGUCCCCCCCCCCCCCAAAAAAAAAAAUUUGGGGAAAAAGCUUUUUACGAAGGAUGUGUUUUUUUUUUUUUGUCGAGAGAAAUAGGUGCACUUGUUUGACUUUUUUCUAGAAAAGUUGUGCUUUUCUAGAAGUCUUUAGAAAACUUCUUUUUCAUUCUCUGAGAAAUGUUCCCUCCAAGAAGUAGGUUUUUUUUAAGGUGCAUUUUUUCCCCCUCUAGAAUUGUUUUUCUAGAAAUCAUGGGCUUUUUCUAUCCAAGAAUUUUAUUUAUUUUCGUUUUAGAAAAAGCUUUUUUUCUAAAGUUGUGGAGGGGGGGUCGAGAGGGGGAAAAAAGUCCAGAAACAAGUAAAAAUAGUUUAAUUAAUUUUAGAGAAUGUUUUGUGUUCCGUUUUGUUGAAGAGAAAUAUGGACUCUUCAAGGGAAAGGGAGUUGAGUGUUUUUAUUGGGGUUUUUUUAAUCGUAGUUUUUGGGGUAAAUGUGACAUCAUUUUGUGAAAAAAAUUAUAAUUCUCCAUAGUACCCCCAACCAUCCCACUCCAGUGUGGCCCCAAUAUUGAUUUACAGUACUACUAUCUACUAAUUCCCAGUAAAAAGUGUCCUUUUUUUUUUUGCUAGGAAGCCAUGAUUCUCUUGUAGAAAAAUGUAUAUAACAUAACAUUUGGACUUCUUUGUUUUGGAACUCUUGUUAACGCGACUGCGACUGCGCAGACUUUCACGUCUUGGCGUCCGAGCGGCUCAGAGUUGGCAGAAGACGAGGAGGCCACGUUUAGAAUCAAAAGGAGAGAAAAUAAACCAGAGAUGAGAAAAACA